AUGCUUGGCAUGCAGAACGGGGAGACCAUGUCCAAUGCUCCGACCUAUGGACACCGUCAGACUCAGUCCUUCGCCGUGAAGCCAUCGAUGACUUCGGACCAUCCCGCCUUCCCUUCGCAAUCCUUCCACUCCAGCCAGCCCUCGCUCAGCGGCUAUGGCGAGAGGCAUCCACACCGAGCUCACGUGCCGAGCAUCAACACCGGACGAGUGACGAGCAGCAACUACCAUGGCGCCGACAUGCAGACUCCCCAGACCGGCUUCGACAUGAACUUCACCCCUCUGCUCCCUUCGCAGUUGCUGAUGGGAAGCCCCUUCCAGCCCGGCUCGCCCUCCACCUUCCACUCCCCCCAGUUCCAGAACUUCUCCAGCUUCUCUCAGCAGCCUGGAGCACCACGCCAUCAACAGAAUCAGAUGAGUCAAGCUUUCCAGCACCAACCGUCGGCUCUCUCACCAGCUGCAUACCAGCCGAUCUCCUCCCCUACCGCUCUGGGCGCGUCUUCGUACUUUGGAGCACUCCAAUCACCUACCACGGGCUUCAAUGCCCUUCCCAGUAGCUUGGGUGCAUACGGUCCACAGAUGGCGAUGGGACCCGGCAUGGUUCCUGGCACGAGUCGCACCGUCUAUCUUGGUAACAUCCCUCCGGACACGUCAGCCGAGGAGCUCCUGGGCCACGUUCGCAGUGGCCAGAUCGAAUCCGUGCGCAUGCUGCCCGACAAGAACUGCGCAUUCAUCUCCUUUCUCGAUGGCAGUUCCGCGACCCAUUUCCACUCCGAUGCCAUUCUCAAGAAGCUCUCGAUCAAGGGGCAGGAUGUCAAGAUUGGCUGGGGAAAGCCAUCUUCCGUCCCGACCUCUGUUGCUUUGGCCGUCCAGCAAUCCGGCGCCUCGCGCAACGUGUAUCUGGGCAAUCUCCCCGAGGAGACGACCGAGGACGAACUGCGCGAGGACCUCAGCAAGUUUGGCCCGAUCGAUACGGUGAAACUCGUGCGCGAGAAGGCCAUUGGCUUCGUCCACUUCCUCUCCAUUGGCAACGCUAUCAAGGCCGUCACCCAGCUUCCUCAGGAGCUCAAGUGGCAGGCACCGCGCCGGGUGUACUAUGGCAAGGACCGCUGUGCAUACGUCUCGAAGACGCAACAGCAGAAUGCUGCGCAGUACUUGGGCAUUGCUCCUGGCUACGCCCACGUCCUCAAUGGCGCCGACCGAGACCUGAUCACCAAUGCCCUGGCUCAGCAGUCAGUCGCCGCGGCUGCUGUUGCGACUACGGCAGGUGGCGUCAACAAUUUGGGAAACAGAACUGUCUACCUUGGUAACAUCCACCCGGAGACGACCAUCGAGGAGAUCUGCAACGUCGUACGCGGAGGUCUGCUGCACCAUAUCCGCUAUAUCCCGGACAAGCACAUCUGCUUUGUGACCUUUAUCGAUCCCACUUCGGCGGCAUCUUUCUACGCGUUAAGUAACCUGCAAGGCCUCAUGAUUCACAACCGACGCCUGAAGAUCGGCUGGGGAAAGCAUUCCGGAGCUCUGCCACCCGCGAUUGCAUUGGCUGUUUCUGGAGGCGCUUCUCGAAACGUGUACAUUGGCAACCUGGACGUGACGUGGACCGAGGAUCGAUUGAGGCAGGAUUUCCAGGAAUACGGCGAGAUCGAGCUCGUAAACACCCUGCGCGAGAAGAGCUGUGCGUUUGUGAACUUCACCAAUAUUGCGAACGCGAUCAAGGCAAUUGAGGCCGUCAGGGGCAAAGAGGAAUACAAGCGUUUCAAGGUCAAUUUCGGCAAGGACAGGUGUGGCAACCCACCGAGACAAAUCAUCGGCAGCCAGCAAAUGCAGCAGCAGAUGCAGCAGCAACAGCAGCAGCAGCAGCAGCAGCAACAACAACAAGAAGAAGAAGCUCAGCAGUUGCAGGCGCAGCAGGAGAAUGGCAUAAGCUCGCCUUCGCCCUUUAUCAAUGGCCUGGCUCCCCACUCGCACCGCGCACAGAACUCCGUCUCGCCCGCUAGCUCUGGACCUACCUCGAACUCGGGCUUCAAUCCCACGCACGGCCCGACUGCUUCGACCAUCUUCAACGCCGGCACCAACAACCCCCUAACUCUCUACCUCGCCGCCACACAUCAAAAUGCUCAAGCCGCCGCUGAGCAACAGCAUCAGCGCUACGACAUGAGCCCGACAGCCUUGUCCACCCACGGAGGCUCCUCGCAAUCCUACGGUCCCUCCCAACCCCAAUCCGCCUCCCACCUUUCCUCCUCCCAACAGGCCUUCUACAGCUCCCCCAACGAAGUGGCCAAUCCGCGCUCCUCCCUCGAACCUACUCAUUUCGGCCACGGAAGCCACCAGAGCGUCAACAUCACCGCGACUAGCAACGGCAUGCCGAUUCCCUCGUACUCGAACCAGGCGAGUCAUAGCGCACGCGGUGGUGGCGGCGGUGCGCAUCAUAGUCGCACCGUUUCCCUGCCGGCUUUUAAUCUGCAGCAGGCGCAGCAGAAUCAGCAGCUUGCUGGGCUAGGGUCGGGUCUCUAUGGGUUGGGGGUCACGGAGGGUGGAUUACCCGGUUGGGCGGAAGAGGAGGUUGCGUAA